UAAACUUGACCUGACUCCCAAAGACACACAAAUUGUAAUUAAAAUAUGUCUAUAUAUGUCACAUAACAUUAAUCUGUUGUUCCCAUGUAUUUUAAGAUACAUUAUAUUUCAGGAAUAACAUUAAGUUAAUCAAUAUAUAAAAAUAUUAAAUUGUGUUUUUCUUUAUUAUGAGUGUGAGUGGAGGAAAUCUUGAUGUCCAAACAUCUGUGUUGGAAGAUUUGGUCCAGACAUUUGUCAUCAAGGAGUGUCUGUGUGACGGAUCUUACAUUUGUUUAAGCAGGGUGACUCAGAGCUUAAAGUGGCAAAUCUGGAUGUUGACUGGGGACAAACAUUUUCAUAAAGUCACUCUUUAUAACAGCUUUUUCAGAGAACAGUAGAUCAGCCUAAAGACGAUACGUAUAGUUUAAUGUCAGCAUCUGCCAGAGCAGCAUGAAGACCAGCGGGCUGUUAUUUGGUGUCCUGUGUCUCUCAGGGUGUCUCAUCUUCUCUACAUGCUUCAUCCAUAAGUAUCACUUCAUCAACAUCAACUCAACUUGGAAUCAAGCUCAGACCUACUGCAGAACCAAUUACAUAGACCUGGCCACGAUUAACAACAUUGCAGAAGUAAAUCAGUUUAUCAGCACAGUUUCGUCUGCUGGUUACAAUUCUAAGGCUUGGAUUGGAAUUUAUGUCACGCUUUAUGGUAAUUGGACAUAUGCAUACUCAGCUCAAUAUUUAUACUGGAGGACGCCACAAGGAAGCGAGACAUUCAUACAGGGGACCUGGUGUGGGUACAUCAGUUCGAAUACAUUCUGGUAUGCAAACUGCACAGCAGAGCAUCCAUUUAUCUGUGAUGAUGGGAACCAGAAAACCUUUGUUAAUGUACCAAUGGAUUAUUUGAACGCUUGGAGCUACUGUAAAGGAAACCUUACGGACCUAACGUCACCAUUUGCCUCAUCAUUUAGCAUAUGGUUCACCGAUGUAAUGGCUUUGGUCCCAAGUGGACAACAAGUGUGGUUCGGGUGGAUUGGCUAUGUUAAUUUCUUCUGGUCCGAUUUAAGCCCCGUCUCGUUCAAUUACUGGAACGAGUUGCCACAAUUAUUUGAUAACUUGGGUGUGCUGCGAGGUGCUGCAGAUUUGCAGAGGUCUGGAAUAUGGAGCUUUCUGUCUACUGAGUUGCUACCAUUCGUCUGCUACACGGAGCAAGUUCCAGAGGACACUAUAAAAGUGCUUAAGCUGAGGGUGAGCUCCUCUACAGAUGUCAAUGACUUUGCUCUGGAAGCAAACAUUCUGUCACAGCUCCAGAUGAAAUUUAUGGAGCAAGGACUGAGUGGAGCUUCCCUGAAGUGGAGAAAACAGCCUGGUGGGAAAAUCUUCCUAAAGAAGGGAAACAGUGACAUCUCAUACAAACAUGAAUGUCAAGUUAACUGUUAACAUAUCAUAGACCUAUUUGUAGAUAUCAUGUAUGUUAGUGAAAGUUUUCCUCAGACAGAACUGAAAAGUACGACUUUUUUGUUAAUUAUAAACAUCGCACUAGUAACACUUACACUAAUGUAAUACCUUAAAUCACAGCACAGCGUCCCCUACAUUAUGGCACUAUAUGAAGUUGAAUAGACUUUGUGAUUGCAGAGAUAAAUUCAUUUGACUGUAGCUAUGCCAUUUUCCAGAAAACCCUCAGAAAAAAGGCAUGGGGCUGAAAAGGCUAGCAGAGCUAUUGUUUCACUUGUUUUUCUUUGAUUAUUCAUUAUUCAUCAUCUAUGUAUUUAGUUGUAUGAAAAACUCUUGUAACUAUGGUAAUGCACUAUGCAGAAGGCAUGUUGUAUUUGGUCGUAUUCCAUUUUUAACUAUCCAUAAGCAGCUGAAU